UUUUAACUGAAUGGCGUACCCAUCGGUAAUGCUCAGUCGGCCAAUACACCUCGACCGGGUAGUAUUGCAAAUUAGAUCUAGCCUUUAGACACCACCUCGAAGUGCGCUGCCAAAGCGGCUGUGCCAACCCCAGUUUAACCAAUCUUAGAGUUAGAAUGAUUGUUAAGCGUUUGUAGGUGAAGGAUAUACAGAGUGUGAAUACAGUGAAAAGCCCCCUGAAACGAUGACUGAUUCAACCAAAGAAGAAACACCCGCCGCAGUACCGGCCGAAACGGUAGGGGACGUCGAAGGAGAACCAAAGAAGCUCAAGUAUCCCCGGGCCAUUCCGUUCAUCAUCAGCAAUGAGUUUUGCGAACGGUUCAACUACUAUGGCAUGCGAACCGUGUUGGUGCUGUACCUUACCAGAAAGCUGGACUUUGACGACGAUACGGCCACGGUACUGUACCACACGUUUACCACCCUGGUGUACUUUAUGUGCGUGAUCGGUGCCAUCAUCGCCGACAGUUGGCUGGGCAAGUUCCGCACCAUCCUGUACCUGUCGAUCGUGUACACGAUCGGUAGCGGUUGCAUUACGCUCGGUGCCAUUCCGACCUGGGAUCUGGAUGCGCGGGCGAUGACCAUCGCCGGCCUGCUCCUAAUCGCGUUCGGCUCGGGCGGCAUUAAGCCGUGCGUGGCCGCGUUCGGUGGGGAACAGUUUAAGCUGCCGGAACAGGCAAAGUAUCUGGCACUGUUCUUCUCGAUGUUCUACUUUGCGGUCAAUUCCGGCUCGUUCGUGUCGACCAUGGUAACGCCGAUUUUGCGCGAGGAUGUGAAAUGCUUCGACGACGACGAUUGCUUCCCGCUGGCGUUCGGUGUGCCCGGCGUGCUGAUGGUGAUUUCCAUCAUCAUAUUCAUCAUUGGCAAGCCGCUGUACAAGAUAUCCGCACCCGCGGGCAACAUGUUCGUUAAGGUUUCCAAAUGUAUUUGGACGGCCAUUCGCACACGAUCGCGAGAAAAGUCGAUCAACCCGCGCGAACACUGGUUGGACUACUCCGAAAAGCGCUGGGGACGCCAGCUGGUCGACGAAACGCGCAUUCUGCUGAACGUGCUAAAGCUGUACAUUCCGUUGCCGGUGUUUUGGGCGCUGUUCGACCAGCAGGGAUCCCGCUGGACGUUCCAAGCCACGCGAAUGGAUGGUGAUCUCGGCUUUUGGACGAUCAAACCGGACCAGAUGCAGGUCAUCAAUCCGCUGCUUAUCCUGGUAUUCAUUCCGCUGUACGAGGUCGCUUUCUAUCCGCUGCUAAGCAUGAUCGGCAUUCGGCGCCCGCUGCAAAAGCUUACACUGGGCGGCAUAUUUGCCGGGCUGGCGUUCGUUAUAUCGACCAUUGUCGAAAUUCAGCUCGAGUCCACGUACGCCGUUCUGCCGAAAGAAGGCGAAGCCCAGCUGCGUAUAUUCAAUGGCAUGAACUGUGACUAUCGCGUCCAGUCAAACAUUCCGGAGCAUGCCGACUUUACGCUGCAGGCGAUGAGCAUGUUCGAGGAAAAGUACCUCAGCGUGAAGGGUAAAGCCACGUACACGUAUACCCUUUCUUCGACGGGCCCUGGAGCGGAUUGUGCCGUGUCGGCAGAGCAGCGCACGUUCGAGGUGGAGGAGGAAAGACAGUACUCGUACUUUAUUCGCAAGCAGAACUCGGCCAUCAGUGCGCUGAGAUACGAAGACGACACGGAAAAAUCGUCCAAGGGAUAUCCGAUGUUCCGCGUGCUGGGAAAUACCGACACCAACCGGACAGUGGUGUUCCGUGACGUUGACUCAUCCGAUCCGUUCGAUAGGCACAAGAACGGUUCGUACGUGUACGAUCUGGUCGAGUCGUAUCCGUCCGAUUACGAGAUCUACGUCGACGGGCAGCUGACAUUGACCUACACGAUGCGGUUGGGAGGCGUGUAUGCGUUCAUUGUGAGCGAUGUUGAUGGCAUGAUCACCGAACCCGUCAUCGUCACCGAACCGAACUCCGUCAACAUGCUGUGGCUCAUUCCACAGUACGUCGUUAUGACGCUCGGUGAAGUCAUGUACUCCAUUACGGGACUGGAGUUUUCGUUCACACAGGCCCCAGAGAGCAUGAAAUCAGUGCUGCAGGGAUGCUGGCAGCUAACGGUGGCCGUCGGCAAUCUGAUUGUGGUGAUUGUGGCCGAAGCAAAAAUUUUCGACGCACAAAAGUGGGAGUUUGUGUUGUUCGCUGGCCUGAUGUUUGUUGACAUGGGUCUAUUUUCUAUACUGGCCUGGCGCUAUAAGGCGAUACCGCUGAAGACCUAUGACGAGGAAGAUGAUCCCAACGCCACACUUCCCAUCGAGCAGAAGGAUCAAAGCGGGCUUGACAAUCCGGCGUUUAAGAAAUCUUCGGACGAGUAAACUUAGCGGAGCAUGGAACACCUGUCCAAAAACGUACUUAAUUCAGCAGCAAAAAUAUUAACCUCCACAUGGACGAGACUGAGGGAUGAACUGGGCGCGAAAGACGAUGUGAGAAUGAGAUAGUGAGAGCGAGAGAGAUAAGACCGAAUGAGAGUGCUGAUCGCCGUAUGAUCUAAUAAAUUUUCUAUGAAAAUUUUUGACUAAUAAACUAGCAUGUCCCUUACAAUCAGAAUGGCUGGCAGCUUUUGCUAUGGCUAAUAAAGUGUUUAUGCGUCUUA